AUGUCGGAUAACGAAUCAACUCCACCAAUUGUAAAUAAUAAUAAUAAUAAUAAUAAUAAUAAUAGUAGUAGUUCAAGUAACUUACCACAAGAAUCAGAAUCAGGAAAUGCUGGUGUUAAGGAUGAAAAACCUGAUACUACUCAUAUUAAUUUAAAAGUUUCUGAUGGAUCAGCCGAAAUUUUUUUUAAAAUUAAAAGAAAUACACCAUUAAGAAGAUUGAUGGAAGCUUUUUGUAAAAGACAAGGUAAAGAUAUGAAUGCAUUACGUUUUUUAAGUGAAGGUCAAAGAAUUUUAGCAGAACAAACACCAAAUGAUUUAGAUUUAGAAGAUGGUGAUACAAUUGAAGCUCAUCGUGCACAAACUGGUGGACGUUAA